UUCCCCUUUGGCAGUACCUGCUGAUUGGGUCCUAAAAGCAAGCUGGUUUUAACUUUUAAUAUUUGGCUCCUGUGUUCUGCCAUGACUAGUCGCAAAAUACAGUUUCUCUAACCUAGCACUAGUUUUAGGACAAGGUGAGACAUUUUGGUAAGCAGCGCAGAUUGUUUCGUUUUUUCUCUCAUUGAAAAACGAGUGUGCGCGUAUGUGCGCGCGUGUAUCUGGUGAAGAUGUUUAGCGAAACUUUUUUAAGGAUGAUAUACCUUGGAUGUUUCCUGUUUCUUUGUGGGCUUACGCAUGCCAUACCAAGUUACCCUAUCUGGUGGUCCCUAGCGGUGGGCCACCAGUACUCGUCCCUGGGCUCCCAGCCCAUCCUGUGCGGCUCCAUUCCUGGCCUGGUGCCCAAGCAGCUGCGAUUCUGCCGGAACUAUGUGGAGAUCAUGCCCAGUGUGGCAGAAGGGGUGAAGAUCGGCAUCCAGGAGUGCCAGCAUCAAUUCAGGGGCCGUCGUUGGAACUGUACCACCAUCAACGACAAGGCCAUCUUCGGACCAGUGCUGGACAAAGCCACGCGUGAGUCAGCAUUCGUUCAUGCCAUCGCAUCAGCCGGUGUGGCGUUCGCGGUGACACGGUCCUGUGCGGAGGGUUCGGCCACCAUCUGUGGUUGCGACACUCGCCACAAGGGUCCGCCCGGCGAGGGCUGGAAGUGGGGCGGCUGCAGCGAGGACGUGGAGUUCGGCAGUAUGGUGUCCCGGGAGUUUGCAGACGCUCGUGAGAACCGGCCCGAUGCGCGCUCCGCCAUGAACCGCCACAACAACGAGGCGGGUCGAACAUCUCUGAAUGACAACAUGUUUCUGAAGUGUAAGUGCCACGGCCUGUCCGGCAGCUGUGAGGUGAAGACAUGCUGGUGGUCCCAGCCUGACUUCAGAGUGAUUGGAGACUACAUGAAGGACAAGUAUGACAGUGCUUCAGAGAUGGUGGUGGAGAAGCACAAGGAGUCCCGUGGCUGGGUGGAGACGUUGAGAAGCAAGUACAACUUCUUCAAACCACCCACGGAGCGAGACCUGGUCUACUACGAGAGCUCGCCCAACUUCUGCGAACCCAACCCAGAAACAGGCUCGUUCGGGACACGCGAUCGCACCUGUAACUUGACGUCGCACGGCAUCGAUGGCUGCGACCUGCUGUGUUGCGGCCGGGGACACAACACCCAGGCGGAGAAACGGAAGGAGAAGUGCCACUGUAUCUUCCACUGGUGCUGCUACGUCAGCUGCCAAGAGUGUGUUCGAGUCUACGAUGUCCACACCUGCAAAUAGAUAGGGCCUCUGGCACCACUCUUUCUGCACCUCACCCCAAUUUUUUUUUUAAGACUUCAACAUAUAAAACAAGAAGCUACUGUACGAGUCGGGCUCAGAGAACUUGAGAGGCUUUGAUUUGACUUUGAUCAAGCGUUAACCGACUCAGCUAUAGUACAGUCAGCUAAUAGGCAAAAAAAUAUAUAGCCGCCUGUCAUGCGUGGUGGAUUCAGCCCCUGUCUUAGAAUGCUGAGGUAGUUCUAGAACACAGAGGUGCGCCCUUGGAGGCUCCAUUCAGACAAACAACAUGAUGAUGCUGAUGAACACCAUGUCAUCGAUAGAGGCGAAAGAGGAGACCAUUACAGACUGGUCUGAUUGUAAGCCAAGGAGGGACUUCAAGUGAUUUCCAGAAAGGUGUUUCAAGGUAUUGGUUUCCUGACACAAGAAAAGAGAACUAGGUUUUAUACGGGCUAUAUAAACUGUGCUAUAUAAACUGUGCUGUUAACAAGCACCAUAUUGGUGAAUUAUCUGUGUACUCUGUGUUGUCACCUUCAAGUAGAGCAGAACAGCACUACUGUCUAAACUUUUGGGACACCAUACAAUCUAUGAUGAACAUGUCAUAUUUUUCUAUUCCCACCUGAUAGGCCAGCAGCAAAGUAAAAAAUUGGCUAUAUUGUAAAAAUGUAUGAAAACAAAAUGUAUAUUUUUGAUCUUAAUUCAAGGUUACGGUUAGGCAUAAGGUUAGCAGCAUGGUUCAAGUUAGGGUUAGGUUUAAAAUCAGAUUUGAGGAAGAUAAAUUGGAGGGGUUUACGACUUUGCCGCUUGCCCAGAUAGUGACAACAAUUUUGUUGUGGUACUCUCUGCUCUCCACCCUCAUGGUGUUAUUUUUUACAUAAAAUGCGGAUGAGUUUAUAUAUCUACAAAAAACAGCAUUUCUGAGCUAUGUUCUCAACUUUGUGUUACCAUAACCAGGUUUCCAUCCAACAUUUUUACUUGCUUAUAAAGUUCAUGUCGGACAUAAAAAUGCAGUGAAAGUCCUGAUGGAAACAGCAAAUUUGCCGGUAAACUUUCCAAAUGUCGACAAAACAAAAUACUUUAGACAAUGUGCAAAAUUUUUGCGUUGGUAAAAUGAAUCAUGCAAAAAAAUGGCGGGGGAAAUGCUUUUAUCUUGGAGUCAAGGGAUGAUUUGUUGUUUGGUCUUCCCAAUACGACUUGGAAAAGAUGCCAUUUAUUAGGCUACAGAUUAAAUCAAUUAUGAUGAACUUUCCAGGGGGGUGAAAUUGCACUGUAUUGAGCUUGAUGGACCUUUCCAAUAAAUAUCCAGAUACUUAUUCUGGUGACAUGAUGAUCGAUGCUUGGCUACAGUUUGACAAAUAAAAAUAAUCUCGCUAUUUUGUCCAUGAUAAUCUCAUCAUGUAGGCUAUACCCACAUUGUAUCUCUAGCUGUUGGCUAGAGCACACGUCCCAAUACCAGAGUGGGCACAUUCGCUAUAUAAUGCAACAUUUUGGGAAUGUGAUGGAAACCCAUUUAACUUGUGUGGGAAUUCAACCGCGAAAGUAUGCUUUAUGUGCACUACGUCAUCACGUACAGACUUUUAUCUGCAACAAGUCAAUUAGAUGGAAACGCAUAUCUAGUGGGAAAAUGUGCAUAUUUCAUUUAUGCAGAUUUUAGAAUAUUCGCAUGAAAAUCUGUAGUCAAUUGGAUGGAAACCUAGCUAUUGAUACACUCAAAAGCACAUGUUCUACUCAACAUUUGUGGUAUUUAAGUGGUAACUAACUUUUCGACUGAGUGAAUGGGAUUUUUUCAUGUUAAAUAUAGAUCUAGUGUUAACCUGUUACUAAUGUUGGGGUUAGAAUGCAAUUGUACCUAAGUGAAUGUUGUUUUUACAUUUCAUGUAUUCUCAAAUCCUCUGGCUUUUUUUUAUCUGUGGUAUUAAUUGGGAUUAUUCUGAUCUCAAAAAGCACAUGAGCACAAGUCAACCAAACAACAGGUUUGAAAUUAAGAAUAUUAAGAAAGCAAUCGACGUUUAUCCCUAUACAAUGUACUCUAAAUGUCUCAUCGGAACUUUGCCGCAGGAGGUUUGGCCACAGUACGGUCGAUGAUAAACACAAACGUUUAGCCCAAAGACAAAUUACUUUCAGCUGGAGGAGCAGUUCGGUCUAAAGUGAGUUUGAAAGUUCAGCACUUGUGUCUAGUUGAAGAGUAUGAAGCUUAUUCUCCUCGUUUUUAUCAGUGUUAGUAACGUUAACCGAAACACGGUGUGUAUAUCACCACGUGGCCCGGUGCAGACAAACCCAUGCUAUUUAGUGUUUGAGAAUGAACGUUUGUGAAAGGGAAUUGCCCACUAGAAUAAUGAUUUCUUUUUUUUGUUAUGCCCAAUGAAUGCACAUAUGCUAUGUUAUCUGUAAGCUAUUACUUAUUGUAAUCUGAAAUGCUCCUCAGUGUAUCAUUUGUAUGUCAUGAACAGCAAUCUGAUGGCAAGUGGCAACCCAGCUGCAGUUGCUGUAAAACAUUGACCAAAAACUGUGUAUCUGAUUCAGAUUCUGAUUCCGGGCUUAUUCUUUCUCCUCCAACCUUAGAAAUAGCAGCAUCACUGAAACUAUCAAGACUUUUCCCUUUGUAUGCUGCUAAUUAUUAACAUGUAUGUAGGUGCAGUGCCUUCAGAAAGUAUUCAUACCUCUUGACUUAUUCCACAUUUUGUUGUGUUACAGCUUGAAUUAUGAAUAUAUAUUUUUUUCUCACCCAUCUACACACAAUACCCAAUAAUCACAAAGUGAAGAUAUACUGUUUUAAAUGUAGCGAAUUUAUUGAAAAUGAAAUACAGAAAUUUCUAAUUUCCAUAAGUAUUCACACCCCUGAGUCAAUACAUCACCUUUGGCAGCGAUUACAGCUGUGAGUCUUUCUGGGUAAGUGUCUAAGAGCUUUGCAUGCCUGGAUUGUACAAUAUUUGCCCAUUAUUUUUUUCAACAAUCUUCAAGCUCUGUCAAAUUGAAUGUUGAUCAUUACGAGAAACAAAUAUUUUCGUAAAUCGGCCACUGAGGAACAUUCACUGUCCUCUUGGUAAGCAUCUCCAAUGUAGAUUUGGCCUUGUGCUUUAGGUUAUUGUCCUACUGAAAGGUGAAUUCAUCUCCCAGUGUCUGUUGGAAAGCAGACUGAAUCAAAGGCGAGUUCAACAUGGCUUCCGUUUGCAGGGAACAUGUUGCCAGAGUAACAAUUUCAGUUGAACGAUUUUAAUGAACAUUCAAAAAUGUUAUGGUGAAAUAUAAAAAAAUAUAAGGAUUACUUUGUAAGGAUUACUGUGGCUUUUUAGCGACAAUAUUCAACCUGAAAACGACUUAGCUAUUCCUACUAAAUAUAUUAGAAAGUAUACAUGCCGGUAUUUUAGCGGUAUUUUAGACCUGAAACAGACACUUAUGUUCGCCACACACUAUCUUCUCAGGCUGUUAGCUAACGUUAACAAACGGAAUAUGUUAGCUGACAUUAGCCAACAUUUGCAAACUAUUUCCCUUGUUGAAUACACCACAGCUUUUCCUCUAGGAAAACCACUAUGCUUGAAAAUAUGCAGAGUGGUACUCAGUAAUGUGUUGUGUUGGAUUUGCCCCAAACAUAACACUUUGUAUUCAGUACAAAAAGUUAACUGCUUUGCCCCAUUUCUUGCAGUAUUAAUUUAGUGCCUUGUUGCAAACAGGAUGCAUGUUUCGGAAUAUUUUUAUUCUGUACAGGCUUCCUUCUUUUCACUCUGUCAAUUAGGUAAGCAUUGUGGAGUAACUACAAUGUUGUUGAUCAAUGCUCAGUUUUCCACUAUCACAGCCAUUAAACUCAGUCACUGUUUUAAAGUCACCAUUGGCCUCAUGGUGAAAUCCCAGAGUGGUUUCUUUCCUCUCCAGCAACUGAGUUAGGAAUGACGCCUGUAUCUUUGUAGUGACUGGAGGUAUUGAUACACCAUCCAAAGUGUACUUCACCAAGGGGUUGGAUACUCAUUGGCUCUAGACAUUUCAGCUCUUCAUUUUUUAUGAAUUGGUCCAAAAAAAAAAUAAUACUUUAUUCCACAUUGACUUUAUGUGGUAUUGUGUGUGACAAAUAAAAUCUCAAUUUAAAAGCAUUUUAAAUUCAGUCUGUAACACAACAAAAUGUGGAAAAAGUCAAGCGGUGAGAAUACUUUCAUAAGGAACUGUAUGUUUAUGUAUGUUAUUAUUCUUUCUGUGAAAGAAAGUGUUUAGACUUAGUUCGAACAACAAUGUGAAGUUUUCUACUAAUUCAUUUUGCAAAUAGACAGCAUAGACAUGUAUGUACAUUAACCAAAUAGACAUAUUUUGAUAAGUAUUGUUUGCUAUUCUUUGUUUUGUUUGGGGAAUCAUGCAUUUACUGGUCCAACUGUGGAUUCACAAUUAUGUAGAGCAUUUUGCUUAGAUGAACUACUCAUUGCUUGGACAAAUCUGACACCUGUUUCACAGGUCUACUGUACAUCAGUACACCUAUAUUAUGUGAGAUCAAAUGCAAAACAAUAUUCAUAUCUUUUGCAGAACAAAAAUUACACUACUGAACAUUGAAUCAAGAGUUAUGAAGACCAUAAGGAGCAAAGAACUUCAGCGAUAGUGUUGCUGGUUCCAGAUGCUCCUGAGAAAUAGUAAAGGUUGAUGUUUAAUGAAAUAGUCAACUAUAUAUUUUCUGUCUCAGGCAUGUGUAGCUCUCACCAUGUCCAUCUUCCAUAGACUUAGACAUUCCUCAUACAUUGACUGCUGUAAUCCUGUUGAAAUGAAAGGCCAGCCCCAGUCAUUACAUGACUUUUUGACUAUGAUAAACUACUGAGCAUCCAUUGUUGAUACCAGGUGUGCUUUUCUGCAUUUAUAUUUCAUUUAAUGUUUUGUCUCUGUCUGUCUGUCUGUCUGUCUGUCUGCUGUCCGUCCGCCCGUCCGUCCGUCCGUCUGUUUGUCUAAACAAUUAGCUUAUAAACGUUUUCUUAUGGUCUUUAAAUCCAAAGUUUUGUACAAAUUAGUUUUUGUGUUUUUAUGGAUUUCUAAAGUCUGAUGUUUUUAUGAUUAUUUAUUUUACCGUAAAUGUAUAUAUUAGUAAGUAAGAGUAUAUAUUUGCAGAUAAAAUCAUUUUUCGAGACAGUGUCGUUACUUGUAGCACUGUAGCAGUUUUACCUCAAUGUCUGUUUUAAAACUGAUUGUACACAGGAUACUGUUUGUCCUAUUGUCUGUACUAGAUUGAUAGAUGUUAACUUUAUAAUAACAUAAUAAAACAACAU